CGGGCCGGGGGGGACGGGAUCCCCCCGCCGCAGAAGGUGCUCUUCCCAGCACACAGCCUCUCCAUGAAGUGGGAGCGGGUUCACCGAGUGGGCGCCGGGCUGAGUAACCUGGGGAACACCUGCUUCCUGAACUCGGCGCUGCAGUGCCUGACCUACACGCCGCCUCUCACCAACUACCUGCUGUCCCGGGAGCACGGGCGCACCUGUGCCCAUGGAAGCUUCUGCAUGAUGUGCACUAUGCAGAACCACACGAUUCAGGCUUUUGCCAACAGCGGCAAUGCAAUAAAGCCACUCUCCAUCAUCCGGGACCUGAAGAAGAUUUCCCAUAACCUGCGCUUCGGCAGGCAGGAGGAUGCGCACGAGUUCCUGCGCUACACCAUCGAUGCCAUGCAGAAGGCCUGCCUGAAUGGCUACACCAAGUUGGAUCGCCAGACCCAGGCCACAACUCUGGUUCACCAGAUCUUCGGUGGUUACCUGCGGUCCCGUGUGAAAUGCUUGGAGUGCAAGACUGUCUCGGAUACCUACGACCCUUACCUGGACGUGACCCUGGAGGUCGAGCGAGCCGCAAACAUCGUGCGGGCCUUGGAGCUGUUUGUGAAGCCAGAGCAGCUGGGUGGGGACAACGCCUACAGGUGCAGCAUGUGCAGGAAGAAAGUGUCAGCCAGCAAACGUUUCACCAUCCACCGAGCCUCCAACGUUCUCACCAUCUCACUGAAACGCUUUGGCAGCUGCGGCCCUUCAGGGGGAAGGAAAAUCACCAAGGACGUGGGAUACCCCGAGAUCUUGGACGUCCGGCCUUACAUGUCCGAGCCCAAGGGCGAUCCCAUCACGUAUGGCCUCUAUGCAGUGCUGGUGCACUCUGGGUACAGCUGCAACGCUGGGCACUACUUCUGCUAUGUGAAAGCCAGCAAUGGGCAGUGGUAUCGAAUGAAUGACCACGAGGUCCACCCCAGCAACAUCAAGGUGGUUCUCAACCAGCAGGCCUAUGUGCUGUUCUACCUGAGGCUGGGCAGCCCCAGGAAGAGCUCAGCAGGGCCCGUGGCCACGGCUGCCUUCAGCCCACCCAGCUGCACUGCCAGUGACUCCAAACCAGUGAAGAAACCUGCCAUUAAUGGGACCCUGUGUGUGCCACCCAUGGGCCUGAAACAAGACAAGCUGCUGGGGAAGGGGCUGCCAGGCCCAGGUGAUGUUGGAGUCCCUGUUGCCCGCAGCUCUCCUGGGAUGGGGUCAAAGCUGACAAACGGAGUUGCUCUGUCAAAGCUUCCCUUUCAGACCCCAUCAUCCAAACUGCCCCACAAAGCCACCCACGAAGCCACUCUGCUGGGCUGUGACACAGGCCAGAGGCCCAAGAAGCCACAGACACCUGGCAUGCCCAGAGCAGGCGGCUUCCAUGCCACCAGCACCAUGUGCGGGGCCAGAGCAGGGCUGUCCCCACAGGCCUCAGACAGGGAGAAGCCACCUACCUCAUCCAAGCUGCUGAAGUCCAGCCAGGAGCCCAGUGGCUGCGGGGCAAUGAAGAGGAAUUCCUGGGGCAGCACUGUAGGGCAGCUGGCCAAGGAGACCCACGGGGCCAAGAGCAGUUCCAGCAGCUUCUGCACCUCUCAGGGAAGGGACUCUGGCACCCACCUCCCUGCUGGCCCUGGCACCACGCUGGCUGUCCCUAGAGACUCUGACCUGGCUGCCCCCAGCAGCUCUGGGACAGCCCCUGGGAAGCCCUCCCUGCUGGGCAGCACCACAGCAGCGCUGCUGGCCAGGAAACCAGAGCUCUCAGCCAAAAAGGACAAAGCCUCUCAGAAGGUGAGCAUGAGGGACCACCCAGCACAGCCCCAGCCCUCAGCCAGCACCCAUCCUGACUCCACUCCUGGGCCUCUGGGCAAGUCCAGCAGGCAGACGGGGUCUGGCCAGGAGGAGCCGGAGGUUUCCUUCAAAAAGAAGCGAAGGAAGAGGAAACAUCGUAGCACAGACAGGAGCCCUUGUGCUGUGGCUGUGAGGGACGGGGAUGAAGGCUCCAGCCCUCCCAAGAAGGAGAGGAUUGUUUCUCCAGAGGGCUGCAAGGACAGAGAGUCCGGGCUCCCCAGGAAGGAGGGCAUUGCCUCUCAGAAGGACUUCAUUGAGAAAGACUCCAGGCCCCCCAAGAAGAAAAGUGUCUCUCCAGGGGACUUUGUAUCUGUCAUGGGGAAGGAGGGGGCACACAAGGGUCUCAGCCAUGGUCUGGCCUGUCAGGACAUGAAGAGUGGGCCCAAGCAACUUGUGCCAGAGCCCAGUACUGGCCUGGGCAUGGAGCCAGCUUCACCCCUCAGGAGGAAGAAGAAGAAAAAGAAGAAUAGGAGCAAAGACAGCCCUUUGAAGAAGACAGAAGAGUGCAGCUCUGGGAUGCUGUCUUCAGACAGCUCCAGGACAGCUGAGCCAGAGCCCUGUGGGACGCAUCAGAGCGUGGAGGCUGGAGAGCACAAGCACCGCAAACGCAAGAGGAUGGAAAGCCUCAGCAGCCUGGCUGCCAGCACUGUCCCUGCCACCACUGCCACCGCCCCAGUGGCAGCACGUCCCAGUGACAGCCAGACUGGGGACGAGAGACCCUCCCUGGCUGCCCCGAGCCCCGUGGCCAGCGGCUGGGCUGGCACAGCCCCUGAGGGCCACGAGUCCAGCGUGGUGGACAAGCUGCUCCAGAACUCCUUGGACAAGGCUUACGGCAAGCAAGUCUUGACCUGGCAGGGUGAGAUUUCGGCCGUGAGCCAGGAUGCCAUUCGGGACACAGCACUGGCCCAAAGCAAGACCGUCAUUGAUGAGUGGGACCAGGAGUUCGACAAAGGAAAGGUAAAGAAAAUGAGGAAGAUGAAGCAGGAGCGGAGGAGAGACUCAAAUCCGUUCCAGAAGUUGCAGAACAAGCGCAACUUCUGGUUGAUGUCCCAUCCUGCCAAGAUGGCCAGCCUGGGCCACCGGCUCUCAGGUUGAGAUCUGCAUCCCCAGCUGCUCAGGGAGCAGUCCCGGGUCAGGGACCGAGGGCAGCACUGUCCUGGGAGCUGUCGGUGGAGCUGAGAGGGGAGGGAAUACAGCCGCAGCCCUGGGCUUGUGCCUUUUCCUUCGGGGAGCUGCUUUCCAGCUGCAGAGGAGCCUGCCCACGCUGCCUUGCCUCCAGCCUGCCUCGGCCGGGCUCCUCAUCAUCUUCUCCGUGCCUGUUCCCCUCCUGCCCCAGCCCACACCUGCGGGGGCUCCUGGCAAGUGCCUCAAGCUGGUCCCUGUUGCUCCGUGCUGCUGUGCGUCCCCUCUGUCACCGUUACCGGCCCUCGCUCCAUGAGGCCCCAUCCCUGCACGAGCUGCAUGGAGAGCCUCCCCCGGCCCCGUGUCGGCCCGGCCCCGCGCUGGCGCAGGGGC